CACGUGAAACUUUCUCGAGGAGUUGCUUGGUAUGUUUUCUGUGUGCUGUCGGACGCUUCGUUAACUUUGCAGACAACCUAUAGCAGAGUGGACCAGUGUGCUCCUUUUAGAAAAGUCUGCCUGUAAUGGGGGAAAACGAAGGGGCUUAAAAAAAAAAAAAACUGCAGAGGAAGGUCUCAACUGCGCUGCAAUGAGCCCGCACAACACCGCGAAGUGACGGAAUAAAAAAAGUUAACAAAAGUUCAACCGCUUUGCUUCAGCUCGACUUGACUUUUGUUAAAAACGCAGUGGCCACUGGAGAAGUUGCUGCGCAGCGCAAUGGCUGCCCAGUGCGACACUUUAAGCGGAUACUUGCAGCAGUCGGACCAGGGCUCCAACAGCGAGCGCAGCACCGACUCUCCUCUCCCGGGAUCAGAGGAGGAUCUGAGCGGGCUCCAUCCGCUGCCAGAUCCGGAGUGGACUGAGGAGAGGUUUCGGGUGGACCGUAAGAAGUUGGAAGUCAUGUUAUUAGCUGCCUCUGAGGGGAGAGUCAACGGCGGGGAGGAUUUCUUCCAGAAGAUCAUGGAUGAGACCCAAACGCAGAUAGCCUGGCCGUCCAAACUAAAAAUCGGAGCCAAGUCCAAAAAAGAUCCCCACAUCAAGGUGUGCGGGAAAAGAGAAAAUGUGAGGGAAGCCAAAGACAGAAUUAUGUCCGUCCUCGACACGAAGAGUAACAGGGUAACUCUGAAGAUGGACGUCUCCCACACAGAGCACUCCCACGUUAUCGGCAAAGGUGGCAACAACAUCAAGAGGGUGAUGGAGGAGACGGGGUGCCACAUCCAUUUCCCAGACUCUAACAGGAACAACCAGGCGGAGAAAAGCAACCAGGUGUCCAUCGCAGGGCAGCCAGGAGGGGUGGAGGCAGCUCGAGUAAAAAUAAGGGAACUCCUUCCUCUUGUGCUGUCUUUCGAGCUUCCCGCCAUCAUGCAAUCUGACCCCAGCUCCCCCACCGUGCAGCACAUCUCGCAGACCUACAACCUCACAGUCUCCUUCAAGCCCCCCACUCGCCUCUAUAGGGCCACCGGCGUGGUUCGAGGCUCACAGAAUAACACCAACGCCGUCAAGAGGGGUACAGCUCUGCUGUUGGAGCACUUGGCUGGUAGCCUUGCAAGCGCCAUCUCCGUCACCACCCACCUGGACAUCGCUCCCCAGCACCACCUCUUCAUGAAGGGCCGCAAUGGCAGUAACAUCAAGCACAUCACCCAGAGAACGGGAGCCCAGAUCCACUUCCCUGACCCCAACAGCCCCCAGAAGAAAUCCACAGUCUACAUUCAGGGCACCAUUGAAUCGGUCUGCCUUGCACGACAGUACCUCAUGGGCUGCUUGCCUCUGGUAUUAAUGUUUGACAUUAAAGAGGACAUUGAGGUGGAGCCCCAGUGUAUCACAGCACUAAUGGAGCAGCUGGAUGUCUUCAUCAGUAUCAAGCCAAAGCCAAAACAGCCCAGCAAGUCUGUGAUAGUCAAGAGCGUGGAGAGGAAUGCAGUGAACAUGUACGAAGCCCGGAAAUUUCUCUUGGGGCUGGAGAACAACGGGGUGUCCUCUUCUCCCUCUGUGGCGUUGAAUCCCGCCACCAACAUCCCGUCCCUCAUCUGUCCCGUUGGCCUGGACAUCCUGGCCUCAGCUGGCCUGGGGCUGAGCAAUCUGGGUUUCCUUGGGGCGACGGCCCACUCCCUCUCCAACUCUGCUGUACCAAACGCAGUCCUCAACAGCUUAAACUCCUCCAUGAGCCCUCUGCAGACCCAGAGCCCCAGCACCCUCACACACUCCCCCUCCCUCUGGCCCAGCUCACUCACCAGCACCCAAGGUUUCUCAUCUCAGCUGAUGCUGCACCCUGCUGCCCAGGCGACAUUGAGUAGCAUCCUGCUGUCAAGCGUUCAAGGUUACACACAGAAUACACCUUCCCCUCCGCCUGGCCUCGCCCCCAUAGACAAACAGCCCAACGGGGUCCCUGACUGCAAGGGCUCCUGCACUCUUAAUGGACAUGUCAAGCAUCCUGGCUCAGUCUAUGGGAGGAUAGCGUCUGCGUCACUUGCAGAAACAGCUUUGAGUCCAGCGCCAUGUGACUCAGUCCAGGAGGCCAGCGGACACAAUCCAUCAGAACCACUGUCCAGCAAGUCCAGUCCAGAUGAAGGUUCUGACACAUUUGUUGAAGUGGGUAUGCCUAGAAGCCCUUCUCACUCAGCCAAUGGGAGUGAGCUGAAACAGAUGCUGGCUUCAUGUAAGACUUCAUCAGGGAAGCGACAGGCUGUGGAGCUACUGCAGGGCACCAAGAACUCCCAUCUACACUCUGACUGUCUGCUCUCGGACGCUGAGUCCAGCUCGUCAGACAGUCCUGUGGCCGAUAAGAGGGCGCCCGGGAGCGAGCGUGCGGCUGAGAGGGCUGCGCUGCAGAACGAGAGGGAUAGAAUCAGACUGGUACCAGAGACCUCCUUUGCCAACAUACAGGCAUUUGACUAUGAACAGAAAAAGCUGUUGGCAACCAAAGCUAUGUUGAAGAAGCCCGUGGUGACUGAGGUGCGGACCCCUACCAACACCUGGAGUGGUCUGGGCUUCUCAAAGUCUAUGCCAGCUGAGACCAUCAAGGAGCUGCGGAGAGCCAAUCAUGUUUCAUACAAACCCAGCAUGAGCACCACCUUUGAGGAUUCCCCGCUGUCCUUGUCACGAUCCAACAGCCGGGAAGGCCUCGGGAACGGCAGUGACUGCGACAACUGGCGGGAGAGGAACGGCCUCGGAAACGGCCUGCCGUGUCACGCCGAGUUUCCCUCCGAGUUUCCCUCCGUUGUCGGCAGCCCAAAGAGGAAGCAGAACAAAUCUGCUGCAGAGCAUUACCUCAGCAGCAGCAACUACAUGGACUGCAUCUCCUCUGUAACUGGCAGCAACGGCUGCAGUCUGAACUCGUCUGUAAAAGGCUCAGACCUGCCUGAGCUGUUCAGCAAGCUGGGCUUGGGGAAGUACACGGACAUCUUCCAGCAACAAGAGAUCGACCUCCAGACAUUCCUGACUCUAACAGACCAGGACCUGAAGGAACUGGGCAUCACCACCUUUGGAGCCCGCAGGAAAAUGCUGCUCGCCAUCUCAGAACUUAACAAGAACCGGAGAAAGCUAUUUGAGCUGCCGAUCAGGUCCUCCUUCCUGGAAGGGGGAGCGAGCGGCCGCCUCUCCCGUCAGUUUCACGCAGACAUAGCCAGCGUCAGCGGGCGAUGGUAGGCGCAUCCAGGCCAUCCCAGAACCGUUCAUAAUGGAGACCAUCCUCCAGUAUUUUUCUGUGCCCCAGCAGCCCAGGUUUCAGUGGUUGUUUACCCUCUUUCAGCUUCAGCUGAAUUAAGACUGUUCAAAAAUGUUGUCGUUGCCAUAUAGUAUAAAUAUAUAUAUAUUAAAAAAAGCCAUAGUUUUACCUGAAGUGCCAACGAAAAAAGGGAUUUCUCAGAUACAUGAGGUUCAGUGUUCACUCCUUGUUAUAGUGCCAUUGAGUCUAUCUGGAGCAUUUAUAUAUGAAGGUUUGUUGUUAUGGUUCUGAUGAAGGGUGCUGUCCAGUAUUUCUGUCCACAUUUUGUUCAAGGGAAAAGGCCGAAUGAUUCGUACAAUCAUUUUACACAUUGAUACUACCUGCAUUUGUAACAUGCUGUUGUAUCAGUGACAUGCACUUUAAUAAUACUAGACUUUUGCCUGUGAGAGCCUAAUUCCUUAAAUUGAAAGAACUUUGCAUUUUUUUUAUUGACUAAAAGCACAGAUGCAUUUUGUACCAAACCAAAUAUAAGCACUUACCAGUGAGUUUAGGGCACCACCAAAGGAAGUGCAUAAUAUGUCAUCAAGCCAAAGUGGUGACUUAACUUCUACCAACUAUACCAAAGGAAAGUAUCAUUGUGGCCUUUGACCUUUGGCUGCCUUAAGUGUUUUGAUUGGUGGACAUUCCUGAGUGUUUGUGUCCAACCACAUUCUGUUUGUGUAUUUCUAGACAACAACAAAAAAUCUAAUAUUUUGUAUGCAUUAUGAUUUUAGUUUUAGUUUUUAUUACCAUUUUAGGGGAAUGGGUGGGAUGUUUAACGGUAAUCAGUUUACAUUUGUAUUUUUUUAUACAUUCAUGGAGGAGUUUCUGUGAUUUUGUAAUUAGGUUUUUAGUAUCUUUUACUUUUUCCCCCUGCCUUUUUAAUCUGUGGAGCCGUAAUAUGGCUGUGCCAUUAGACAGCAGCAGAGACACGAGGCAGUUGGGCUUUAAAGACCUCUCUCUGAUGCAUCUUUCUGUGGUUCUCCUUCUCAGUUUGUUUAUAGUACAUGGUCUUUUGUGUCAUCUGUUAUUUGUCAGCGUUGGCCUCCCCGUGGCCCCUUCUGUGGGCCAAUAAUCUCACAAAGCAACCUCCAUGUAUCCGGAGCAUGAGUUGCUAUGCUAGAACUGUGUCCCUUUUUUUUUUUUUUUUUUUUGUCUAAGAUUGUUCAAUUUAGAGGUAGGAAGGACCUAUCGGAGCAAGGCCAUGCCUUUUGUAGCAAAAAGGGCCAAUAUGCAUAACAAGUUUUUAAGAACACUAAUAUUUUUGAUCUGACCUUGCUCCCCAGAGAGGAGGUGCAUCACACAAAGAACCAGUGUAUGAGAAUUUCUUCAAGAGAGGAACCAAAGUCAUCACAAGGACUGGGAUUUAAAAUGAAAAUAAAUAAAAAUCUGGAAUCUUCUCGAAUCUAGUCGUGCAAUCUAAUAUCCAGGAAACCUGGUUAAGCGGUGAAGUAACGGGAUUAUACAUGCCGCAUCAGUGUUUAUCGAAGCUUGUGUUUGUUCUGGGCUCCUGUAUUAUGUUUGGUCAUGUUUUGAAAAGGAAAACGUCCUUCUCAGAUAGUUCAUUAACUUUGGAUAACUCGAGUGUUGUUCUGCGUGAUGUUCUUAAGAUUUAGCCAACAAAGCGCUCCAUCUUCCAAGGUCUUGAGCACUUUGUGCAAAUUUAAGUGCCACUUUUUUGUUUUUGGUUUUUUUUUCUGGGGAAAUGUGUUUUUGUAUUUGCAGUACAAAAAGUAUAAAGUUCUCAUUUUGAUUUAAAUGAGUACAGUGUAUUGCAUUUAUUAGGUAUGUAGGGGACGCUUCUGAGAAAUGAUCAGUCGAGUGCAUGAACAUUUACUUCGCCAAAUUGAACUAUGACAGAAAGUAACUGCAGUCCUCAUACAGAGAGAAGUCGACAAUUCAAUUCACAAUCCCUCCCUUCAAGGUGAUUUGUUGUUCUUCAUGUUCGCGUUUAACCACUUUCCACCCUCCCUCGCGUCCGAUUUGAGCCAUUCUCUAUGUGGUUGUCAAGUAAAUAACACUAUACUAAAUAUUAUUCUGACACGGUGGCCGAUGCCAACCAGGUAAUUGUCUUUUCUUCCCUUUGACGAUGAAGAGGGAGAACGCUAAUAUACAAAAGGAUUCAUUAUCCUGAGAGGAAACCCGGGGCUGGCUGGCCCCCACUCAUCAUGGUACUACAUUGAAACUGUUGAGCAUUGAUUCUCCCAGCGCUGUGACUCGUGUUCCUGGCCAGCAGACAUUUGUUUCCAUCCUUCACCUUGUUCGGAUGCGUUUGCUCGGAGGGCAGUUGUCUUUAUCAAGUGAAUGUUUAAAAAAAUAAAAAUCGAUGCAGAUUUAUUACGGAUCAGUGAAGGGACUCGUCAAGUCAAAACGUUUACUGCCAGCUUGUCUAGUCUUUUCCCUUGAUGGACCAGUUUCACAAUUAUGUCUUUGUAUUAGUCAUAUUGUUGUUCCCAAAGGGAUUUGUUUUGAAGGAGUCUUUGUACUGCAAUCAAAUGGUACAUUUAUAAUAAAUGUAAACCACUAAGGAAAUGAUGUAAUACAUAACUUUUGUACAACUUUUUCAUCUUAUGCAACUGUUUUUGUGUGAGAAAGGUACAAUUCUGCACAGUUCCAGAGAAUACUUUGUGUAUAAACAUUGCCAUGUGGCCAAAGCUCUGUUCGCUGUGGCAUCUGUUGAUGCUAUUGUUAUCCUAACUGUAUUGUAAUACAGAUAUAAACAGGACUUUUUGGAGAAACUGUCAAGCAGGCAAAAAAUUGUUUGUUCAAAUAUGUAAUAAAUGUAU